AUGGCGUCUAAUUACAAAUCAGCCGAUUCAAGGCUCUCCGAUCUUGAGCUAACAUGUUCCGAUUUGAAAACUCUCCUACGAGCGACGGCGGAAAUGGAAGAAAAUCUUGAAAAGAUGGACAACAAGUUUGAAGCAAUAGACGAAACGCUUCUAACUACGUCUAGAAGAGUAGCUCCUUUACAAUCGCUAGCCAUGGCCUCGAAAGCCUUGGAAACCAGAAUCAACCGAGCUGUCGCGCCAGCUUUGGCGCUUCUUCACAACUUCAAGCUCUCUGAGACAAUCCAGGAUAAGCUCUUGGAUCUCUCGGAGAAGUUGUUGAGCGAGAAGUCAAUGAAGAAACGGCUCAAGAAGCUUGUCAAGUACGUGGACUACGUGGACCAGUUGAAAAUUGCGAUUAACUGCAUUUGUGAAGAGGGUGAGCCGGUGAUUCAGAGGCUGCAGGAGGUGGUGGAGUUUUUGAGCCGGACGAAGGCCACGGACCAGUACAGAACGCACCGGCUGAGGGAGACGCUGGUGACUCUCAAGUCGCUGUACGAGACGGAGGUUGACGCCAUGAGGUUUGAAGGAUUGCUUGAUGAGGCGCUGUUGAAUUUGCAGGACGAGUAUGAGAGUAUAUUGGAGCAGAUUAGGCAUCGGAAUGUGGUGGAUUUGCAUGCUGCGUCGGAUAAAGAUGAUCGGAGCGAUGAGAUGGCUAUCGUGGGUUCGGGUUUGGGGACUGAGUUGGAGGUUGAACUUUUGAGAAGGAUUUCACAAACCCUAGCUGCCGAUGAUUGCUUGGAUAUAUGCAUCGAUAUUUAUGUUAAGGUGAGGUACAAAAGGGUGGCCAAAGCACUAAUGAGGCUAAACCCUGAUUACCUAAAAACCCACACACCAGAAGAAAUAGAUGAAAUACCAUGGGAGAGCUUGGAGACAGCCAUAACCCUCUGGAUCCAGCACUUCGAGCUCGCAGUCAAAGCAGUGCUCGUAUCGGAGAAGAAACUCUGCGAACAAGUCCUAGGAGGAAUAAUGGAAGGACUGAUAUGGCCAGAAUGCUUCGCCAAAAUCGCAGGCAAAAUCAUGGCGGUGUUCUUCCGGUUUGGCGAAGGCGUUGCCCAAAGCAGCAAAGAACCACAGAAGUUGUUCAAGCUCCUUGACAUGUUUGAUUCCCUAGAGAAGCUGAAGCCUGGAUUCUCAGAGGUUUUUGAUGGCGAAUCGGGGACCGACUUUUGUACAAGAUUCAGGGAGCUGGAGAAGCUUCUUGUUCAUGCUUCCAGUAAAGUUUUUUGGGAAUUUGGGCUUCAAAUUGAAGACAAUUCUGAUGGAUUGCCUCCACCACCAGACGGUUCGGUGCCGAAAAUAGUAAGGUACGCAGUGAACUACUUGAAAUACUUAGCAACUGAAAAUUACAGCGUCCCCAUGGCGAAAGUUCUCAGAACGGAGCAAAUCUGGAAAGCCGGGAUCUUGUCGAAACCAGAAACUGACGAGAAUCUACUCAAAGACGCCAUUUGCAACAUCAUGGAAGCUCUGCAGAGAAACGUGGAGUCGAAACGUUCCGGCUACAACAACAAUAGCAGGGAAGGGGACAAAAUCGGCAUUUCAAUUCACAUGCCACACGUGUUCUGCAUGAACACGUACUGGUACAUUUACAUGAGGACGAGAAACACGGAGCUCGGGAAGCUGUUGGGAGACGGCUACUUGAGGAACAACUACAAGGUUGUCGCCGAGGAAUCCGCUUACUUGUACCAGAAGCAAUCGUGGGCUCCGCUGGUUAGGAUUCUGGAGAGGGACGAUUUGGAGGAGCAGCAGAGCAAGGAAGCGAAGGCGGGGCUGGUGAGGGUGAAAAUCGAGGCGUUCAUGAAGGGCUUGGACGACAUUUCGAAGAGCCACAGGGGAUUCUGUGUAAUUCCGGACGUUGACUUGCGGGAGCAGAUUAGGGCGGCUACCGUUAAGCUGGUGAUUCCGGCAUACACCGAGUUCGUGAACUCGUUCUCGGGGUUGUUGCAGGGGAAGGGUUAUCUGGGUCCUGACUCGGUUCAGGAGUUGUUGGAGAAAGUUUUUGACGGUGGGGAUGGGAAGCUUAAGCGGAGAGGGUCUAAGGAUCGGACGGGUGGUGGGAGCUCAGGGAUGGAUGGUGGGGUGAAGGACUAUCGACGGUCCAGAUCAAGUACUAAUGACAUUUGAGAGCU